UCUCAACAAUGAGGGUACUGAGCAAGUAAACUCAGCAGUUUCAAGUUUAAAAUCCGUAUUCACCAUUCGGUUUCAGUACAAUGUGAGACACCGUCAGUAGUCGUUGUUAUUUUACUCCGCGCAAUUCAAAAUAUAAAUACAUUCUGUUUUAAAACUUUUACAAAAGUCAUUGUUUACUUUUCUAAUUUAUCAUAUUCAUGCUCUCACUGGUGAUAGUGAAUGUGAUUACGCUCAAAUUUAUUUAAUCUCUGCUAUGUGGGUUUAUUUUUUAAUUGGAUUACCUGUUAAAGUCAAGGUUAAUAUUCCAGAGAUAUUCAAAUGUUAGUAUUUAAUUACUAAGAAUUUUUCGAAAAAACAAAUGUAGAAUCACCGGUUAAUUAAAAAAAUCAUGGAUUAUGAUAGACUAGUAGUAGAGUUUUAUGUGAGAGUAGAGAAUUUUAUCUGUGGAUAUAGAAUACAAUAAGUCAGAGGAAAAGAGACACGUUUUUAGUGACGAAGGGUGUCUGCAGUUACUCUGUAGCAAUAAUUAGUAUUAUCCAGCGUCUGAAGAUCGUUGGAGGAAAAGUAAAAUACGUGAAUAAAUAUAAAGGCUGAAGAAGAUCAAAGAUGAAUUCAAGAGUAUUGUUGUCUGUACUGACACUAGUUACUACUGUGUUUUAUACUCUAGCUGUACUUGAAGGUCCAAAUGUCUGCGUUCGUCAAGAAGCAUAUACUGUAACAGUAAAUAUAUCAGAAGAAAAACCAUAUGAAAUACGGCAACACAAGUGGUGUUUUGCCGUCCCGCCAAGAUGUUCAAGUUAUCAUAUGGAAUUUAAAACAGUAUACAGAAUAGAGGUUUUAAAUAAAACUAGACCAGUAGAUGAAUGCUGCAAAGGUUAUGGGCAAACUGCAGCCGGUGAUCGAUGUGUUGCUAUUUGUAGUCAAGAUUGCGUACACGGUACUUGUGUUGCUCCUGAUGUAUGCACUUGUGAACAAGGAUAUGGCGGUCCUUCAUGCGAUAUUCAAUGCCCAGCAGGUAAAUGGGGAAAACAUUGUAGUCAAAAUUGUAAGUGCAUGAAUGGCGCAAUAUGUGAUCCAUUUAAUGGGAAAUGUAAAUGUACGAAAGGGUGGACUGGUGAUAAUUGUGAUCAAAAAUGUCCGCCUGACCAUUAUGGCCAAGAUUGUGGAGAAGAAUGUCGGUGUAGAAAUGGCGGCAGUUGUCAUCAUAUUUCUGGAGAGUGUCAUUGUGCUCCUGGUUACACUGGGCCUCUUUGUGAUGAUCUGUGUCCUGAAGGUCGACACGGUGACGAAUGCAAAACGGAAUGUAAAUGUCAGAAUGGCGGUCAUUGUUCACCAACUGAUGGUAAUUGUUACUGCACUCCUGGAUGGACGGGUCAAGUUUGCGGAAAUAGAUGUCCGGACGGUUAUUGGGGUCAGAAUUGUACUCAAGAGUGUGUUUGUUACAAUGGCGCAGCCUGUAAUCACGUAACGGGUGAAUGUAUAUGUAAACCAGGUUACCGUGGACAUGAGUGUUUUGAAGUUUGUCCUCGUGAUAAGUGGGGUUUAAAUUGCGAAAAUGAGUGCAGUUGUCAAAACGGAGCUGCAUGUUUACCAAACAAUGGUACGUGCAUGUGCAAACCUGGAUGGGAGGGCGAACAAUGCGAAAAACGAGCUUGUCCUGAUGGCCGAUGGGGCAAAAAUUGUCAGAAGGUAUGUGAGUGUGAAGAAUCCAAUACCGAGCUUUGCCACCCAUGGACCGGUAGCUGUAUCUGCAAGAUCGGGUGGGAUGGUGCCAAAUGUUCAAGACCAUGUCCGUAUUACUAUUACGGCAAAGGCUGUGAGGAACGCUGCGUUUGUAAAAAUAGCGCCCAAUGUUCUCCGGUAGAUGGAACCUGCAUUUGUGCUGCUGGUUAUCGCGGCAAAGAUUGCAGUGAAAAAUGUACUAAUAAUUCGUACGGUGAAGACUGUUCUCAAAAAUGUGCAUGUAAAAAUGGCGCUUCUUGUUCCACGGAUGUUGGUCGCUGUAAUUGCACGGCAGGAUGGGAUGGUGUACUGUGUGAUCGACCUUGUCCAGACGGUUCAUUUGGUAAAGAUUGUGCAGAUAAAUGUCAGUGUCUUAAUAAUGCUGCUUGCGACCCACAAAAUGGGACGUGUACAUGCGGAGCGGGUUAUAUUGGCGAGCACUGCCAGCAGCGUUGUUCUCAUGGACUUUUUGGUCAAGGCUGUUCUCAAGUUUGUGACUGUGAAGAAGACAAUACUCUAGAUUGUGAUCCUACAACAGGACAUUGUAUUUGUAAGCCGUCGUGGCAAGGAGUAAGAUGUGAAACACGAUGUCCGAUUGGUUAUUAUGGUGACGACUGUCAGUCACUUUGUAAAUGUAAUAACAAUAGUUCUUGUGACCCCAUAACUGGGGCUUGUGUUUGCGCACGCGGAUGGGAAGGUUCCGACUGUUCUCAGCCUUGUAAACAUGGAUGGUACGGUGUACGAUGUAAAGAAAAAUGUCCGCAAAAAAUUCACGGAAAUAUGACGUGCGACCACGUGACUGGGCAAUAUGUGUGCAGACCAGGUUAUUUAGGAUUGACUUGUGAGCACUCGUGUCCACCGGAUCGGUGGGGUCUCAAUUGUCUAAAUCAUUGUGACUGCAAGAAUGACGGCGAGUGUCAUCACGUCACGGGAGCCUGCCAGUGUCGGCCAGGAUGGAAGGGAGAUCGCUGUCAAACGCCAUGCGCCCAAGGUACUUUUGGUGUUAAUUGCACUCAGAAUUGCAAGUGCCAAAAUGGCGGCAAGUGUCGUGCAAAUGACGGAGUCUGUAGGUGCGUUCCUGGAUGGACCGGAGCUCGAUGUACUGACAUCUGCCCAGAAGGUUACUACGGCGACCACUGUAUGGAACCAUGUGAGUGUAAGAACGAUAAUUUCCAAUGCCAUCCCGCCAAAGGGUGCGUCUGCCGCUACGGCUACACUGGUCCAAACUGUGAGGACGAAAUAUUGUCACGCAAUGUCCAAGAAAAGACUGAGUCCAGCGUAGGCAGUGUCGUAGCCGGUAUAUUUGCCGCGAUAAUCGUAAUUGCCGCGACUCUCGCCGCCUGGAUGUACCACCGACGUCGCGUGGCGAACCUCAAAAUGGAAAUGGUCCAGGUUCAGUACGUUGCCGAACCCGUAACUCCUCCAGACCGUAACCAUUUUGACAAUCCUGUUUACUCAUGUCAACCAAAUUCUCCUCGCACUGAUGACGCGACAAUGCUCUUAAAUAAUGGAUUAAUUAGAAAUAAUUUAGGGACUAAAAGUAUUAACAGUGAAAAAGCUAAAUUAGGGUUAGGGUUAGGAUUAGGAUUAAAUGGAACAGGUGCGAGUUGUUAUGGAGACGAGGACGACAAUGACAGCAGUAAAGGCGCCUAUGGGAUACAGUAUGACCAUCAAGCCUCUUUGAAAAAUAAAGACGCUGAUUUGGGUAACCCUAAUGUUAAUGUUUACCACAGUAUUGAUGAAAUGGACAGCAAAAAAGGCCCUGAACAUCUUUACGAUGAAAUAAAACAAAACAAUGCGGAGCUAGAGUACGACCACUUGGAUUACACGCGACCAUUGAGUGCAUGGAAGCCGCACUAUCAACGCAUGGCAAAUGGCUUCGGUCCCAGUAGAGACGGAAGUGGUUCCAGCAAAAGUGGCUCCAUUAAUCCUCAAGACCCGGAACUUGGGCGCCAGUGAAUCUCUUUGAAACAAACUUACUCUUUGUUUCAGUUCUUUGUUCGAUCAAGGAACCGAACAAAUAAAAUUUUUUUAUUUUAUUUUUUUCGACUUCUAUUUGCGCGGAUUUUAUCUGUGCAAUUGAGACUUGUAUAUAUUUUAUAAGAUUCAUCUUUAAGUUUUAUUAAUGCAUGAUUAAUAGUUAUUAAUAUAUCGAUAUUAUUUAAUCACUGCCUAGAUUAUAGUCUAGGGUAAUAAGUACGCGUGUCUACCAUGCAAUUCAGUGUCUUAAGGUUGAAAAAUAAUUUCAAGACCAUUUUCAGACAGUGAAGUAUUCAAAUUUUGAUAAUUAAUUUAAAAAAAAAUUAAGCUAUUAAUUGAAAAAAGGACAAUGCAGUUACAAUUUCGCCGGGACAUGGAUUUAAAAAAAAAUAUUUACACUUUAUUUCAAUUAGGAGUUAAACGAAAUGGAAAAUGACUGGAGUAAAAUUUUCAUGUCAAAUUUUUUAGUCUUUUAACUCUUAAUUAAUAACAACUGUAAGUAAUUUUUUUUAAAAUCUAUAUCUCAGAGUAAUUGUAACUGCGUUACUGUCUUUUUUUCCAAUUAAUGCUUUAAUUUUUCUAAAAAUAAUUAAUAAAGUUUUAAUACUCUUGUGACAGUUCGUCAUUUAAUAUUUUUAAAAAGGGGGGGGGGCACUGUCUGAGAAUGACUUUAAUAUUUUAAAUAACAAAUAAAAGAAAAAAGUUUUCCAAGACCGCUACUUUUUCAAGACGUAACAAGUUAAUUAUUUUUCGAUUUGUUAUGAAAUUUAGAAUUUUCCACAGUACGAUUUUCUGUAAAAAGUAAAUGUCGUAUUUAAAAUCGUUAAUUCUUCUCUUGACGUAAAUAUCAUUUUUAUUGAAAUAAAAUUUGAAUUAUCGUAAAAUUAUGUGAAAUAAAAAUUCUAGUAAUAAAAUUUGUUGUUGAAACUCUAGACACAUUUUUUCACGUAAGUUUUCUAUCAACGCGAUUGCUGUUGCAAAUUUACAGACGUUAAAUUCAUGAGAUUAAAAACGAUGAUUAACUGCUCAGAAUAUUGAUUUAUAUUUAAUCAAUUUAUUGAUAAUUCAGCACACAAAAUAUUCAAAAUUUCCUCCAAAUAAGCUAUUGCUCGAUUUUAAUUAACAAGUAGCGGUCUGUAUACAUAUUAUGUAUAUACAUAUCAAAAAUUUUCAUCUUUCACAUGAUAUGACCUCUAAUAUUUGAACAAUUGAUUUUUUAUAUAAUUUAUACUUCCUCGGGUUGCAAUUGAUCUAAUCUGAUCAAAUCUUAACUACGACUAUUGAUUUUAAAUUAUUCUCUAUAUAUAUAAUAUGUACAUAUUAGACUUCGUCAGAUAAAAUGAAUAUUUUUUUUUCGGGGCCAUACAAAAAUUACGUUGACUGUAACAAAAAAAAAUUUGGUACCAAGAUGGACCCUUCAACUCAAUUACGAAACGCGCGCUCGCUUAAAUAAAAUCUUCUUUUCAAAUAACAUGGGAAAAUUUUUUUUUUAACUUUGGGAUCUUAUUACUUGUUAAUGGACCAUAACGUACAUUUGUAGAGAAUCGAAUGCUCUACAAAAAAGAUCUCUUAUAAUUUUUUGAUAAAUCUAACCGUUCCAAAAUUACUUUUUCACGAAAAGUGUUUUUCAGUAUUUUUUCAAUAGAAUUAAUUUGUAAAAACCUAUAUUAUUUUAAAUAAGAGAUUAAAAAAUUAUUAAAUAGCAUAUUUUGAUUGAAAAAAUUGAUUUCAGGAAAAUAAUACAAAUUUUUCUCAUGUUAUUUCAAUGGAAAAUUUUAUUGAAACGAGUACGCGCUUUGUAAUUAAAUUGGAAGGCUCAAAUUAUUACCCAAUUAUUUUUUGUGUUACAUACAAUAUAAUUUCCGUAUAGAACAAAAAACAAAUAUUCAUUUUAUUUAGCGCAGUCUAAUAAGACAUAUAUAUAUAUUAGAGUGUCUCAAAAAAUCGACUUCUUUUUUUUUUCGAAGAACAUUGAAGAAUCGACAGAGUAUCUCUAGACAAAGACCCUGUUAAAAUAUGAGACCUUAAUAUUAAUAUUUAAAGGUGGCGAUUCACGAUUUUCUAUUUUCUAUUUAAAUAACAUGGGGAAAAAAAAAUUAUAAGUUUGGAAUUUUAUACCUCGGCGAUAACUUAUUGAACAGCUAAAUUCAGGACAUAUUUUUAUCGAGAAUUAAACGCUCUACAAAAAAAGUCUUUUAUCAUUUUUUGAUAAAUCCAUCCGUUCAAAAGUUAUCCGAGCUCGAAGUCAAGUUAGAGUAAAUUUCAAGAUCAUUUUACUUUUCCGGUGAAACUAUCGGACUUAUCACAAAAUGUUAUAGAAUUUUUUUUGUAGACAAUUUUAUUUCCUACACAUUAGUAUUGAUUAAUUUUUUUGAUAAGUCCGAUAGUUUCGCCGGUUUUAUACCUCGCCGAGGUAUAAAAUUCCAAACUUAUAAUUUUUUUUUCCCCAUGUUAUUUAAAUAGAAAAUAGAAAAUCGUGAAUCGCCACCUUUAAAUAUUAAUAUUAAGGUCUCAUAUUUUAACAGGGUCUUUGUCUAGAGAUACUCUGUCGAUUCUUCAAUGUUUUUCGAAAAAAAAAAAAGUCGA